GCAAAAUAUCAGCUGAUGCGCGGAAGGUUAUUAUUUAUUUCAAAAUGUUCAAGCUCUGGUACAAAUAACAGUUUCUGUAAAUAUGCAAAGACGAGUUGUAGUGACUGGGCUUGGUGUGAUAAGUCCUGUAGGAACGAAUUUAAAAGACUCCUGGAAAGCUAUCGUGUCAGGACAUAGCGGUAUUUCAAAGUUAGAAGGACCGGAGUAUCAUUCUUUGCCAUGCAGAAUAGGUGGUGUAGUCAAAGAGGAAAACGGUGAUAAGUUUCAACUUUCCAAUUAUUUCUCUAAGAGUGAAAUGAAAUCAAUGGCACCUGCCACUGGAUUUGCUCUUUUAGCAGCUAAAGAAGCCUUAACAGAUGCAAAUUUAUUGAAUCCCUCCGAUAAAGAUAAACUACGAACUGGAGUGGCAGUAGGUAUGGGUAUGGUCGAUUUACAAGACAUCUGUUCUACAUAUGAGGGGCUAAAAAAAGGCUAUCACCAUAUAAGCCCAUUUUUUGUGCCUCGAAUAUUACCAAACAUGGCAGGUGGGCAAAUUAGUAUAAAAUAUGGCUUUAGAGGACCAAAUCAUUCUGUAUCAACUGCCUGUGCUACCGGGGCUCAUGCCAUAGGGGACUCAUUUCGCUUCAUACGUGAUAAUUACGCCGACGUCAUGGUAUGUGGUGGUACAGAAGCCUGUAUAUCACCAUUAUCUAUAGCAGCAUUUUGUAGAUUGAGAGCUUUAAGUACCAGUUUCAAUGACCAACCAGAAAAAGCAUCGAGACCGUUCGAUAAAAAAAGAGAGGGCUUUGUAAUGGGAGAAGGAAGUGCCAUUUUAGUUUUAGAAGAAUUAGAACAUGCCAAACAACGAAAUGCCCAUAUUUACGCGGAAAUACUUGGCUAUGGACUGUCCGGUGAUGCUUCUCACUUAACGGCCCCAAGUGCCGAUGGAAUAGGGGCUUAUUUAGCCAUGAAAUGUGCGGUUAACGACGCCAAAAUCGAUGUUAAAGAAGUCUCGUAUGUUAAUGCCCAUGCCACAUCAACUCCGAUGGGAGACGCCAUUGAAACAACGGCUAUAAAAAAGUUAUUUGAUGGUAGUGUUGAAAAUAUAGCAGUUUCUUCUACGAAAGGGGCCCAUGGGCAUCUCCUAGGUGCGGCGGGAAAUUUAGAAUCAGUUUUUACUAUCAAGGCUAUUGAAACUGGUGUUCUACCCCCAACGAUAAAUUUGGAAGAGAGCGACAAUAAAGACAUUAAUUUUGUACCAUUAAAGACCCAAGUGUGGAGUAACAAUAGAAGAAUAGCACUGAAAAAUGCGUUUGGGUUUGGCGGGACCAAUGCAAGCCUGUGUUUCAGUCAGUUUUUGUUAUAGCUGUGAUUUUUAAAAGCAAAUUUAAUCUUAAGUGUAUCUUUUUACUUAUUAGUUUUAAGAAUAAAAAGAUCUUUUUAAUAAA